AUGAAUCAAGAUAUCACAACGUCCGAAUAUAGUGAACACACUGGCCCUGAUGACCCCCCAUCGCCAAUCACAGCAGUUACCCCGGGCCCAUCACCCCUUUCAGACGCUCAAAAGCGCGACAUCCUUACCUCCCUCCUCCUUGAGGGAUUCAAGGGUCCAGAUAUCCUGUUGAUACUUGAGGGAGAAUAUGGCUGGUCCAUUUCCUUACGCACACUUAGUCGCCUUCGCCAAUCUUGGGGCCUCCGCCUCAGUGACCUUCCACCUGCCGAAAAUCCCCCCGAUUUACUCCCCCCAAUUCGGGCAAGCCUGAUAUCUGCCCAUCAAAAUGGCUUGACAGUAGCUGAAAUGCGCUCCCAACUCUCCAGAGAAUUAGGGUUGAAUGUCUCUCAGCGCACUGUUGAGAGAUAUUUGAGGCGCUUGAACUUGAAACAACGCCAAAAUGACCUGGCGAAUGGAAAAACAACUCGAGAAGAAGUGGUUGAACUGGUCAGACAUGCUCGUGAUGCAUUACUAGCAAACACAGCAGGCUACAGAAGAAUGCGGCAGAUCUUGGUCACAAAUUAUGGGCUCCGUCUACCAAGGCAGGUUGUUUAUGAUAUCCUGAGAGAGGUCGACCCUGAAGGAAUGCAACUGCGGCUAAAAAAGACUUGCCAAAGGAGAGUAUUCCGCACCACAGGUCCAAAUCACAUCUGGUCAGCUGAUGGUCACGACAAGUUAAAAAGAUUUGGGAUCACGGUAUAUGGCUUCAUUGAUGCCUGGUCCAGAAAGAUUUUGGGUAUAUUUGUACACGUCACAAAUAAUGAUCCAAGGCACAUUGGCGCAUACUUUCUACACCUGGUUAGGUCUAUUGGUGGAAUUCCAUGGAAACUCACCACGGACAGGGGGACGGAGACAGGAAAAAUGGGCAGCUUCCAGAUCCGACUUUCUCAUGAAUUUAUAGAAAAUAUAACUGUUGAAGAAGCACGAAAGCACAUGCAUCACACCAAAUCAGUUCAUAAUCAGAAAAUCGAAUCCUUGUGGUCCAGAAUGAUGACAGAGCACAACAAGCCCAUCAUCCACAACAUUCUAACAUACAUGGAAAAUGAUUGGUAUGAUGAGAGUGACCCAUUGCAAAAGUAA